UCCCUUAUGACCGAAGACCGGUAGAUGGCUCUUGUGAUAUCAAUGGAAAAGUCUCUUUUCUCAGUCAAACUUUUUUCUCUGGUACGGACACAAAACCAUAGCCUUAAAUCCUGACUCCCCAUCCCUCUCCUCCUUCGGGUUUAAAAACCACUCGAUCCCCUUCGUUUAUCUCAUCAUCCUUCCUUUCGGUAUCUCUUGCGCCCGUUCGGAAAGAAGCAAGGGAGAAGGAAGCACUUCUAGCUCUUGCUUUCAAUCAGUCUCGUAUCACAGCUUCUUUGAACCAACUCGUCCGACUUCUGCGUAAAUAGUUGGUUACUAAAGCGAACUCCACCUCGCUUGUGCUUCCCCUCCAUUUGUUUUAUACACUCAGUUCCAAGUUUUGCUCCCAGCAUCAUUAUUAAGCUUCGACACCACCCCAACGUUCACUUCGCAAUUCCUCCAGCAGAAACAUUACUACUACCUCGGCUCAAAAUACAUCAGCAACACCAGAAUUCCACUAGAAUUACUUCUACUUCCAGGAACAACAACGACCUCGAACGCCAUGCUCUGAUUCUCUUUUCCAAUCUAUUCUCCUAAACGUUGUUCAUCUGCCUUUCUGGGCGAUUCUCAAUUUUUAAGAAUCGUCAUCUUAUUCUAUAAGUAAACAAAUGGAGAAGGGAACCAGCUGGGACAUCAGUUUGCUUCUCGAGGUGCUAACUCAAGGCGAAGAGCAAAAUAGGCAGCUCCAAGCGCAACUAGAUGAUCCUUCCUCUGCUGAACUGAGCAAGUCACUGGCACAACAGAUACAAUUCACCUUCAACAAAGCCAUUACCAUGGCCAAAUUGAUAGCCGCCGACAACUCUCGGCAGCCUCCUUGCCCGAAUAACACCAGCCCUGGCUCGCCACGAUCCGCCAGCAGGAGCCCGAGGAGCGAGAAUUCUGAGAAAGCCUUCAAAGAACACGAGAAGAAGGGGAUGUCCAAGAAGAGGUGCAUGCUUGACAGGAAGAGUUUGCCCAAAUGGACUAGCCAAGUGCGCAUUUCCUCUGGCGCGACCGCCGAAGGGCAGAUAGAUGAUGGAUUUAGCUGGAGGAAGUACGGUCAGAAGGACAUCCUUGGAGCCAAGUACCCAAGAGGCUACUACCGGUGCACUCAUCGCAAUGCCCAAGGAUGUCCUGCAAAAAAACUGGUGCAGAGAUCGGACGCGGACCCUGCCGUCUUUGACAUCACAUACUGGGGGAGACACAUAUGCCUGCAAAGGCCACGGGUGAACUCGGCAUCAUCAGCCCCGGAAGCAGGCAUGCAACGAGACCAACAGAAUCCUCCACUUGAUCAUGAUCAGCAACAUCCACGACAUGAUCGGCAGCUGCUCCUGAGCUUCCGAGCAGGCCUCAAGGUGAAAACUGAAGGCUUAGACAUGGAGGAUCAAAACCUUACCUCUUCUUCCUUCUCUUUCCCUUCUACACCGAUUGGCAGCUUGAAGCAUGAGGAUCAAAUCUUUUCGUCACCUCCGACACUGGAGAAUAACUUCAUGGGCAGUUUCUCCCCUAACUUUUUCUCACCAACAACCUCUGAGUCGAGCUACUUCUCGGUUCCAAGCGAGAUGGACAACUAUGGAGGCAGAGCAGCUCUGCAUACUUCGGAAUCUGACCUCACAGGGACAAUCUCAGCUGCAGCUUCAGUGACCAAUUUCCCUAUGGUUGACAUUGAUUUCAUGCUUGAACCGCAUAUGGAUUUUGAACCAAAUUUCCCAUUUGAUGAUUCUAACCUUUUCCGAUAAAUCACGCAAGGAGAAUCCAAUCACGGAAAUGGGUAUCAAGAUGAGCCCGUUGCCAAAAAAGAUGGAGGCAUGCAAGGAAGGGAAAAUUACUGGAGGACAGGGUCAAGUUUGAUUUUGUCAUGCGGGUAGAACUUUCAGUAACUCUCUUGUCUGCUUAUGAGUUCCUCUGUCGUUGCUUUAACUGUUCAUUUAUUGAAAUUAAUAAACUUUAUUUUAUGCUCAA